UACUUGCGUGCUUUGUCGUGCCCUUGACGCAUGCACAGGGAUGCCGGCUCAUGAAAAUUGGCUGCGGAGAGACCCGAAUCCUAAACUUUUUUCACCUCUUGGCCGUGGCAAGAUUCGUCAAGAUACAUUAUGCGAUCGGGCUUCUUAAGAUUUCACCCGAGAGGAACGGAAACAGCCGGGAAUAUGAUUUAUCAUGGGUUAAUUGCCUAUCUAUUGUCUCAAGCCAGCGGUCACCGGCUGUCGCCGAAAUCUACACCGAACGCCGAGAUGAUUUGACAGUGGAGUAAAACCCAUGGGCGGUGCUUGUUGACCUGUUGCCUCUAUCGAAAAACUCCCCCAGAGACAACCCCUUACUCCACCCAGUCUAUCAAACAGAAAUCCAUGUACCUUCCUGAUAUCGACACCCCAAACAAGUGUCAUCUCCUAAGCGCCAAUGCAAGCUCCAGUCGGCGGGCGCUCACUGAUUGCGGCCGCCAUCACCUUUCUGUGGAGGAGAGGACGUGUUGGCCUGCGUGGUGUUGAUCCAUCCGCUGAUCAUGUUCGUCAAUCCGUCAAUCCUGGUGCGCAUCUCCUCGAUAGACUGCAUGACGUGUGCAUUCUGGUUCUGGACCUCUUUCCUGGCCACAUUGCGGCAUAUGCCCUUUGCCUUGUUGGUCUGGAUCUGCAUUCGCUCAUCUGACUGCAGUUGCGCCCUGAUUCCGCAGAGCUCCUCUUUGAUGCCAAAGAUGGUGUCGUCCAUCGUCUGAGUUGUCGUCACACCCAGACCAGACAUGCCCUUGGCCAGGUCCGAAAUGUUGCUGCAUCAGCCUGUUAGUCGAGGUGUUCCCCCUUAUGCCGCCGCACAUUAGUGGUAUGAGGGUACCUACUCCUGUGGGCGCCGCUGCUGGUUUGAGCUUCCUGGAGGGUGAGCCUGCACCGACGCAGAUUGCUGGCUGCCUCCGCGGUUGAAGGGGUUCCUUUGACUCAUGGUGCUGGGGGGCUGCGUUUCCUGAGACAUCACAGCCAGAUGUUAAUUAACAACCUCAACAAAGCGAACUUCCUGGUGGUCAAGAUACAAACAGAACCGGAUGGACAGUUGUUAAACUGCCACUGGUAGCACAAGCAUAACAUAGUGAGAAGUGAUAUUUUGCUUCAGAGUCUGGUAACGUCUUCCGUAGGAACAAAGCCGCGCCAAUCAUACCACCCAACUGUGUUUCAACCACAAAGAUUCUCGCUGCAGAUGCUACCACAGACAAUCUUGAUUUGGUUGUAUCCGGCAUCUGCCAUGAACCACAUUAUGCAGCAACAAAGCACCCUCAACAACUCAGCAACAGAGAUAGCGAGUUCCUACUCCCCACUGUCGCCACUCUGAAGCGCUCAACAAGGUUUACCACAGUGACUCGACCUUUUGCUAACUUACAUUUUACUUCAGGCAUAUGGGGUUGCCAAUCUUUUCUUCAUUCUUUCAACUGUCAUUUCUCAACUUGGACUAGGUUUUAUAGUAGACGGGUCAGAUCUUGGUUGGAGGGCGACUACCGUAUUCCCUGUCCUGCCUUGUAUGCAACGGCUAACAACAGGUCGCCAACAUGCGCUCCCUGGCCGCACAUCCACAGUGCGCCCGCACGCCUUUUGGGGUCAAAGGAAAAGGGUGCUGUAGCCCGCAUCGUCCCCUGUUUGGCUCAGUCAUGCUGGACAAGACAAUCAAAGGAUCUCACUACCAACAGAUUCGGUGUUUGACCCUGCUGCUAGCCGUAUCGCCCCUCCCGACAAACACCGCACCGUUGGAGACAAAGCCAAAAUGAUAUGUUAUCUGCCGUUGCAUAGAGCAGUGCAGAAGAACGACCUGGAAGCCGCGCGGCAUACCCUGGACAUGGGAGCGAGCACGGUCGCCAGGGACGACGGAGAUGGGGAAGCUCCUUGCACUCCUGUCACAUCUUUCCCUGAGGAACAAGCACGGGCAUACAGCACUCUAUAUUGCGGCAGUCAAGGGCCUGCGGCCGUCCCGUGUAGAGCUUUUGCUGCCACAUAUGCGCAGAGAAGUGCUGCCGGUGAGGCAUCGCAACGAGGGUUUUGGUGAGGAUUGGGUUGCAAGCGAGGAGAAGCACGGUGGAGGCGUCAGCGUACUGCUUGCGGCGACGCACUUUCCGCGGCAGGCGUGGAUGGGCGAGGCAUCUGGUGUUAUGGUUCGCUCAAUGGAGCUUUUGAUGGACGCCAUAGGCUGUGAUUUUGACCGGCGCGAAGAUGGGGAGAUUCUAGAGACGCUCCGCAAGUGUGUCCUUAUUAACCUGGUGGAAACUGCUUGGGCAACUUGGCAGUCCGAAAGGCCUAGCGCCGACGUCUCAAUUGAAUGAUCGAAGCGCCCUUCUCCAAGAUACUACUGCCAGAUGAGAUUAGAGGUCAUGCAAGACCCAGGUACUAGCCGCCGCAAGCUAUUUGCCUGGUGUGAUCGGACAGGAGCGGGGAAAAGCCUCGAGACUACAGUUUAAUCCCAAAGGCGAAGGCGAAUUAGACGCUGGAACACGACCGAUUCGU